UUGUUGCGACAAAGUUUUAUCUCUCCGAAUGCCGGAUUUAGAGUGUGGGAGAGUGGGGAGUGGGAGGUAUGAACAACAAAGCAAUGGAUGUUCCAAACAGUUUACCAGAUACUCAGCAGAGUGAUGGAAUUAAUUAUAGUCAAGAUAUUGUUGAUAAUAAUGGCUGGGGUAGGCUGUAUGCCACAAGAAAGCAGUUUACCACUAUUGAAUUAACAAAGGAUGAGUACACUGUUGGACGAUUGCCAAAUUGUGAUGUAACAAUUACAGAAAGAGAAGUUAAAAAAGAAGUGCUGACAACAAUAAGCAAAUUGAAUUUCAAAAUAAGGAAGACGAAAGUAGGGGAUGCACAAGCUGUAUACCUGGAAGACUGCAGUUUUAAUGGAACAUUUGUUAAUGGUGAGAAAAUAGGGAAAGGCAGAGUAAUAGUGCUACAGAGCAAUGACCAAAUAAGCCUUGCUGCUGCACCUUUUCGGGUUUAUCUCUUCAUGAGUGCCAGCUCUUACGAUUCUUUGGACUAUCCUGAAGCUGUAAGAUCUCGGUACGUGAUAUCUCGGAAGCUAGGUGCUGGAGCAUGUGGGGAAGUGUUCCUGGUGUUUGAGAAGAAAACAUGUAACAGGUUUGCGAUGAAGGUUGUGGAGAAAAAACGAUUAACAAAAGGAGGAAGACAUUUAUUACUGGACCCAGAAAAAGUAAUGAAUGAAGUAAAAAUACUGACAUCCUUGAAGCACCCAUGCAUUAUAACCAUCCAUGACAUUGUGGAUACAUCAAAUAAAGUGUACAUGUUUCUGGAACUGAUGGAGGGAGGGGAGCUUUUUGACAGGAUCACCAAAAAAGAACAGCUUGGUGAACCAGAGGCAAAGCUGAUAUUUUAUCAGAUAGUUGUAGCUGUUCAGUAUUUGCAUUCAAAAGGAAUAACUCACAGAGAUCUUAAGCCAGAGAACAUAUUACUCUCCUCUGACAAAGAAGAAACUCUGAUUAAGGUGUCAGACUUUGGUUUAUCAAGAUUUGUCACCUCGGAAAUGACAACAGUCUGCGGAACACCUUUAUAUGCUGCCCCAGAGGUACUUGUAAAAAAUGGAAGAGGGGGCUAUACAAUGCAAGUUGAUGUUUGGAGCCUGGGCGUAAUUUUAUAUGCAUGCUUGAGUGGUUAUUUACCAUUUUCACCUGACAACAAGAAAGUCCCAUUAAAAGAACAAAUUAGGAAAGGCAAUUACUCCUUCCCAAUACAGUACUGGAGAGGUGUGUCUCCAGAGGCUAUUGAUUUGAUAAAGAAGAUGUUAACUGUGGACCCUAUUCAGAGAAUAACUGUUGACGGUGUUGUGAAUCAUUUGUGGCUUCAGGAUGAAUUAAUGCGAAAGAAAGCAGAGAAUCUUAUGAGAGAAGGCUUGCAUGGCAUCUGGCCAGAUGAAAAUUCUGACCCCGUUACAUGUGGACCUCAUCUUGCCAAGAGACCAAGGUUAGAUUGAUGGAAUUAAUUAACCUACAGUGAGAGGAAAGUACAAACGCUACCUGUACAAUAGAAGUCAUAAGAGUGAUAUCGUACUUCGAUAGCUACAUGUUACCUGCAUUAAUUUUCAUGUGUUAAAACAUGUGAAUACACAAUUAGACAUAGAAAAAUUGUAUGUUAAAUCACAAGUGAUAAGGAUUGUUUGUUUAUAUUGCAGUUGUUUUGCAUCACUUUUUUGUAAGAUUAUUAAUUUUGAAAAUUUUAUGUACAUACAUUGCUAUGUCAUUAUUGUGACUUUGAUAUGCUAAAUAUUUCCUUAUAGGAAAUUAUGUACUGAGCAAAGUAUUGUCAGAUCUGAGACUAGGACUAUAGAAGAUAAACAGUGUUUUUUUUUUUCUCUCUCUCUCUCUCUUUUUAUUUCUUUUUUUUUUUAAUCACACCUUAACAUAGUGUUUGAUAUACAUGUUUUGCAUGCUUCACUUUGCUUUUGUCAUCAUAUAUUUAAUUUAUCCAGUUUUGUUGCUCAUUUAUGCUGUUUUGUAUGUUUAUAAGACACUUUACUUUGUAUCAUCUUGCUACAGUUUGUUGUCGUUCCUGUAAACAUUAUUGUUAUUUUUCUAUCUUGAUAUUUUUAUAUGUUUCUCUAUCUUCUUUCUAUGCCUCUUUGUGAAAUGAACCAUUUAGAAGUUCCUCCUUACAAAAGCUAUCAUAUUUUUCGAUAUAUGUGAAAUCCUAGUGACCUGUAAAUGAAUUUUUUUGGAGAAGAAUUUCUUGGUGUUCUUAGGAACUAAUUUAAUUUCAGAAAAAAAAAGAAAGAAAACUUGAAAUAGCGGCCUGGAUGAACCAGAAUGUCAAAAUAAACUCUACAUAUGGACUUUCGUAUGAUCUGUUUUGUUCCUGUGGCCUGUCUUGUAAUGCACUUGUUUGAUGAAUUUUUAUAUUAAGAAUAUUAGACAACUAGCGUGUUUCAAUGGUGUACAGAUGAGAUGCUGCAUAUUUACUGUGUUGUUACUAACUACUGUUGUUACGGAGUUUGCUUCUGUUAAUCUUACCCUCUGACAUGCACCUCUUUGUUAAAUAGUAUAAAAUAUAUAAAAUACUGCAGUCAAUAUUGCAGUUGUAGUAUAUUGAAACAAUGCUAUUACAUGCAAUGAAUUCAGAAAGCAUGUAAUUGAUUACUUUUUGAGGUGAAACAUUCAGAAGCUUCAAUAAUACUGAGUGGCAGCCAUCUAAUUAUAACCUCAAGAUAAUUGAAUUUUGUGAAUAGCUCGAAAGAGAACUGUUAAAUUUUAAAAACAAU